GUGAAAGUGCCUGCAGCAUAAACAAACCCAGAACUCUCCGAGGACAGAGAAUUUGCUAGUGGAAAGGCCCGGGCUUUAUGGUUUUAUUCCGAGCCUGAGGUAGAAAUCUUGAGAGGACAAGACAGACCCAGCAUCAGUGGAUAUCACUGCAGUAAAACAAGGAUGGAUGAAGAGUUACCAGAUGGGAUUGUCUUCAAAGACCACAGCUUCUCCUCUGACUUGCUAAGACAGCUCAAUGGCUUAAGACAAAGCAAGAUCCUGACGGAUGUGAGCAUCUGCUCCGGGGCCUGGGAGGUCCCUUGUCACCGCAGUGUGCUGGCCUCCAGCAGCCCCUACUUCAAGGCCAUGUUCUGCAGUCACUUCCGGGAGAGCAGAGAAGCCAGAGUGCAGUUGAAAGGCAUCAGUCCCACAACUCUGGAGCAGGUCGUCACGUACGUGUACACAGGAGAGGUGCACAUCUCAUCUGCCAAUGUCCUCCCACUGAUGGAGGCUGCUGCCAUGCUACAGUAUCCCCGGGUGUUUGAGGCCUGCUCCUCAUACCUCCAGAGCCAACUGGCCCCCAGCAACUGCCUGGGCCUGGUCAGACUCGCAGAAAUCUUAAGCUGUGACAGCCUUAAGAAGAAAGCAAGGGAGGUGGCCCUGACUUACUUCCCGGAGGUGGCAGUGUCGGCUGACCUGAAGGAGCUCUGUGCCAUGGAGCUGAGAGACUACCUGGGAGAUGACAGGCUCUGUGGCGAGGAGGAAAAGGUGUUCGAGGCCCUCAUGGCUUGGGUGAAGCAUGACCUCCAAGCCCGGUGGAGACACAUGCAAGAACUGCUGCAGCAGGUCCGCCUGCAGUACAUCCACCCGGCCUUCUUCCAUCACUUCAUUGUCAAUGACGCCCUCCUCCAGUCGUCACCUGCUUGCCAGGCCAUCCUGGAGAUGGCCAGGAAGCAGAUCUUCUCUUUGUAUGGUCCCAUCACCCAGGAUUGUAAACUCCUAUGGCGCACGUCCCCAAGGAGCUCCUACCAAGACUUCCUCCUCCUCCUUGGGGGACGGAAGGACAACCAGCAGACCACCAGGGAUGUCUUGCUCUACAGUGGACAGACUGGUCAGUGGCAGAGCCUAGCCAAGCUCCCCACACGGUUGUACAAGGCCUCCGCUGUCACCUUGCACCGAAGUGUCUAUGUGCUCGGGGGCGUGGCUGUCAGCGAGGGGAGGAGUCUCAUCACCUGUGGCGUGUACAUCUUUUCUCUGAAACUCAACCAGUGGAGGGUGGGGGAGCCCAUGCUGGCAGCCCGCUACUCCCACAGAAGCACCGCCCACAGGAACUUCAUCUUCUCCAUUGGGGGCACUGGAGAAGGGCAGGAGCUUCUAGGCUCCAUGGAGAGGUAUGACAGCAUCCAUGACAUCUGGGAGAGCAUGGCCGACAUGCCAGUGGCUGUGCUCCACCCUGCCGUAGCAGUGAAGGACCAAAGGCUUUAUCUUUUUGGUGGUGAGGAUGUCAUGCAGAACCCUGUGCGCCUUAUCCAGGUUUACCACAUUUCCAGGAACACCUGGUACAAAAUGGAGACAAGGAUGAUCAAGAAUGUGUGUGCCCCCGCAGUGGUACUGGGGGAACAGAUCGUCAUUGUAGGAGGCUACACAAGGAGGAUUCUUGCUUAUGAUCCUCAGUCCAACAAAUUUGUCAAGUGUGCGGACAUGAAAGACCGAAGGAUGCACCACGGGGCCACGGUGAUGGGGAACAAGCUGUAUGUGACGGGUGGACGGCGGCUGACCACAGACUGUAACAUCGAGGACUCAGACUCCUUUGACUGCUACGACCCAGAGACGGACACCUGGACAUCCCAGGGACAGCUACCUCACAAACUCUUUGACCACGCCUGCCUGACUCUCCAGUGCAUACCCCACAUGACCAGCCUCUCUUGAGGGCCACAGGAACUUAUCUCUGUUCAAAAGGCUGUGCGGCGGGAGAGACUGCAACCCAUCGCCAAAGGCCUGGAGCUGAGAGAAGUCAAAACGACCACUCUCUGCAGGGUAGUCUUCUUUUUGAAAUGCCAGUGGAUGCUUCUUUUAAAAUUCCAUCCUUACCCCUUGAAUCAAUGUCAGAAACUGCACUGUUAUAAUUGGAUAGGUCUAGAUCACAUCCCUCCAGAUGGAAAGGGGGGUUAACUACUUGACUGACAGCCCAAACUGCGUUAAAUAAGACAGAAGAGGUUUCUCAGAGGAUUGAAAGACUUCUGGACACAGACAUGGACACACACACGAACACACACACACACACACACACACACACACACACACACUUGCCCAGGUCACCCUUAACAUCCAGAAUGAGAGGCUUGAGGGAACCAAAAGAGCCCCUGAACCUUUGGAAUCACCCUUCAGGCCAGGUGACAGGAUGUGGAACCAGCCAUGACUGUUUCCAUGUGUUCUAUGGAUACAGCACAUUGAAAGUAGGCUCAGUUCCGUAUCUACCUAGGGUUUGCAAAGUUAUCCUGCAAUGAAGAACCUAAGAGCAGAACAAAGUUUGCUUCCGGUGCCUGUUUCCUUCCAGGCUCCGGGAGCUUACAAAGCUGCAGGAUUAAACCAGAGCUUCAUUUCAGUAAGUGGUGUGAGAAUGACCUCCCUGGGGAAAGCCACCAGACUCUCUCAGCAAGCCUCUGGCCCUCCCCGUGUCCCUUUCACUUCCGAGCACCCUUCAUCCCCUGCUCAAUGGCAAGCCCAUGAAAAAGCCGAUGUGCCCAUCAGAGGUUCUCGGUGCUGCCCGAGCGACCUGAUCACAGGGAAGACAUUUGGAAAGAGCACUGAGCAAUCCCACUCAAGAUGGCUGCCCAGGGCUUCUCUGAAGUGAGGUCCACAAUUCUGUACUUCUGGAAGGUAUCCUAUGCAACCCAAGGUGGAGCCAUGGUGGAGAACUGUGGCCCGGUUCUACUGUGAUCACUGAAGACCACCAUGGCUACUUUCUUUCCCAUCCUAUCCUGGUCAAUACUAGGCAAUCUUGGUAUUGUAAGGAAAGUUAUUUCCCAUCCAUGGAAGCAUCUGGAAUAAGUUCUAGAGUGCCCACACGCUGGGGCCACUCUCCCUUUUCAGUGUUGCAGUGGUUUCUCCUCCUUUCUUCCUGCGUUCCCUCCUUACCACCUCAGGCUUGCUCUAUGAGGCAAUACCCUCCGCCUGCACCAUUGUCCCCGCCCCGCAGCCUACAUGCUGCCCCCUUCUCUAACCCUCUCCCCUUUUCUGAGACAGAGUUUCAUGCAGCCUUGGUUGACCUCAAACACUAUGUAGCCUUCCUUGACCUUCUGCUCCUUGUACCUC